AUGAUAUUCCUGCGGGACAACGUCUUGCUCGAUUCAGAGCUGUCACUGGAUCAUGUCAAGCCUAGGCUGCUAGGUCACUGGGGAACAUGUCCCGGCAUCAUUUUGGUUUGGUCGCACUUGAAUCUCUUGAUUCGGGAUCAGGGGCUGGAGAUGAUGUUUGUCAUUGGUCCAGGCCACGGCGCUCCGGCUGCGUUGGCUGCUCUCUGGCUGGAAGGAUCGCUUGAGAAGUUCUACCCCGGUCAAUAUGAUCGCAAUGAAGCUGGACUCAGAAACCUGAUUACCAGGUUCUCCGUUCCAGUGCGCAGCCACAUCAACUCCGAGACCCCAGGUGCCAUUCAUGAGGGAGGAGAGCUUGGCUAUGCAUUGGCUGUGUCUUUUGGAGCCGCCAUGGACAACCCCGACAUGAUCGUUACCUGUCUUGUUGGUGAUGCUGACAUGAACAGCGCGUGGCACGCCAUCAAGUACCUGGAUCCCAAAGAGUCAGGUGCCGUGUUGCCGAUAUUGCACGUAAACGGCUUCAAGAUCAGUGAACGGACAAUCUUCGGAUGCAUGGACAACAAGGAGAUCACGUCUCUAUUCACGGGCUAUGGCUACCAAGUUCGAAUAGUCGAGGAUCUUGAGCACAUUGAAGAAGAUCUUGCUGCCUCUCUAGCGUGGGCGGUGGCCGAAAUUAGGAAAAUUCAGGCCGCUGCACGCUCGGACAAUCCCAUCAUAAAGCCGCGGUGGCCGGUGUUGAUACUGCGAACCCCAAAGGGAUGGUCGGGUCCAAAGAAAGUUGACGGCGAGUUUAUCGAGGGGUCAUUUCAUUCACACCAAGUCCCACUGCCCAAGGCGAACAAAGACAAGGGCCAGCUUGAAGCUUUGCAAGAGUGGCUAUCGAGUUAUGAUAUAGGCAGUCUCGUACCUAAAGGAAACCCUUCGGAUCAAAUUCUGAACACCUUACCCAAAGAGGACUCCAAGAAGUUGGGGCAGAUCAAAGCGAGCUACAACCCAUCCAUCGGCCUGGAGGAGGUGGAGUGGAAGCCAUUUGGAGUAGAAAAGGGUCAAGAUGCCAGCUGCAUGCAGACGAUCGGAAGCUUUCUCGACAAGGUCUUCCAGGCGAAUCCCAAGCGUAUUCGCCUUUUCUCUCCCGACGAGCUGGAGAGUAACAAGCUGGCUGCAGUCCUCGAUAAUACAGGCCGAAACUUUCAGUGGGAUGAAUACUCACGAGCUCAAGGAGGUCGAGUGAUUGAGAUCCUUUCUGAGCAUUGCUGUCAGGGGUUCCUCCAGGGCUACACCUUAACAGGACGGGUUGGCAUAUUCCCAAGCUACGAAUCGUUCCUGGGUAUCAUACAUACUAUGAUGGUUCAGUACUCGAAGUUUGUCAAGAUCGCUCGGGAAGUCAAGUGGCGAGGCGAUCUAAGUUCUAUCAACUACAUCGAGACGAGUACAUGGGCCAGGCAGGAACACAACGGGUUCUCUCAUCAAAAUCCGUCUUUCAUCGGCGCCGUCCUGAAUCUGAAGGCGACCGCAGCUCGUGUUUACCUACCCCCUGAUGCAAAUUGCUUUUUGAGCACUGUGGAUCACUGCAUCAAAUCCAAGAACUAUGUCAAUCUCAUGAUCGGCUCCAAGCAGCCUACCGCAGUCUAUCUUACGCCAGAAGAAGCAGCAGAACAUUGUCGCAUAGGAGCAAGCAUCUGGAACUUUGCUUCAACUCCACUUUCGGAGGGUACAGAUCCAGAUGUUGUACUUGUUGGCAUCGGCGUCGAGGUCACAUUCGAAGUCAUCAAAGCUGCCGAGCUUCUCAAGACUCUGUGUCCCGCUCUCAAACUGCGCGUCGUAAAUGUUACGGACCUCUUUGUCGUAGCACCAGAUGAGCGGCAUCCACAUGGUCUAACUCGGGAGCGGUUCAUCGAACUAUUCACGAAGGACAAGCCUGUCAUGUUCAACUAUCACGGGUAUCCAGCUGAGUUGCAAGGUCUUCUCUUCGGGCGACUGGGUAUGCAUCGUAUGCAAGUCAAUGGAUAUCAGGAAGAAGGCAGCACGACAACUCCAUUCGACAUGAUGCUUCUGAAUGCCGUCAGCCGCUUCGACGUUGCAAAGAGAGCCUUGACGGCAGGCGCAGAGUCCAACGAAGAGGUGAAGGCAAAGCUCAAUGAUUAUCUUGGGGACAUCGACAAGCGUGUCCAGGGGAUCAGGAAUUUCAUUAGCGACAAUGGCAAGGAUCCGGACGAUAUGUACGAGAUUGCCAAAUUUGAGUAG